UACACAAAGUGGAUCCACUGCUCGAAUGACCAUCCGAACCUACAUUACUGUGUAUGGCCGAUGGAAUACAGUAGACAAUCUUGCAAAGAUUUGGCAUUCCUUGUACCAUUGGGACUCAAAGAAUCCGACCCUAUACCAGAGCCAUUAUCCAUUUACUGCAACUCUCAAAACAAUGCGGAACGGUGCGCUACUUACCUGCGGUCUCGAGUGGAAGGAUCAUUGAAGAGGAGAAUAAUUUGGGUACAUUCAGGAAUGUCAGAUAAACACAAACAGAAAGCAGUAGAAACAUCCAGAAAUGGAGAACUUAUCGGAAUUACUGCAACAGAAACCUUGGGUUUGGGUUUCGACCUACCAAAUAUCACAAGACUGGUUCAAUUUGGCCCACCCAAUAAUCUGAGUACACUUGCUCAGCGCUUUGGUCGUGCAGCAAGGGAUCCAGACACAACAGGCAUUGUGAUCCUUCUUGCACCAUGGGAUUACUUUGAGGAAACCUGUCGCAAGCAAGAACAGAGGGCAAAGAAGGCCACUGAA